AGAAAGAGCAUUUAAAAGGGAAAUUUUAGCAUCCAUUUCUAACCAUAUUAUGAAUAAAUUAAUAAACAAUAUCAAUAGAUUAUAGCAUCCAUCAUUAUUGCAUAUAGGCCAUUCUUGUCUUCUAUCACCAAAAAAAAAAGAAAGAGAGAAAAGUUUCUUUGAGUGAAAUGGGAAUUGCGACGUCGACGAUGGCGGCGAAGUUAGCAUUCUUCCCACCAAAUCCGCCGUCGUACACGGUGGUGACUGAGGAAUCAACGGGGAAGAUGAGGAUUUCUACGAACAUGCCGCAUUACCUAAGAGAUGAGAACAUCGAAGUGGUGAAGAUAAGGACGAGAAGAGGGAAUGAGAUUGUGGCCAUGUAUGUGAAAAAUCCAACCGCUAAACUCACCGUUUUGUUUUCUCAUGGCAACGCCGCUGAUCUUGCUCACAUUUUCUACAUCUUCGCCGAACUAAUUCAACUCAAUGUCAAUCUCAUGGGAUAUGAUUACUCAGGAUAUGGGCAAUCUUCUGGUAAGCCAAGCGAGCAAGAGACGUACGCAGAUAUCGAAGCAGCUCACAAUUGGCUAAGAGAGACGUACGGUACAAAAGAUGAACGUAUCAUUUUGUAUGGACAAUCCGUUGGAAGUGGACCGUCGCUUGAGCUAGCUUCUCGUCUUCCACGUCUCCGAGCACUUGUUCUUCAUAGUCCUUUCUUGUCCGGUCUACGAGUCAUGUACCCUCUCAAGCACUCCUUCCCGUUCGACAUUUACAAGAAUAUCGACAAAAUUCAUCUCGUAAACUGUCCUGUUCUUGUAAUUCAUGGAACAGAUGACGACGUGGUGAAUAUUUCACAUGGAAAACAUUUAUGGGGACUAUGCAAAGAAAAAUAUGAACCCUUGUGGCUUAAAGGAAGAGGCCAUUGUGAUAUUGAGACGUCUCCUGAGUACUUACCUCACUUAAGAAAGUUCAUUUCAGCCAUUGAGAAGCUUCCAGUUCCAAAAUUCCGACGCCUAUCAUUGGCUGAUGACCACAAGAAAGAGAAAUCAACAAAGAGUAGUAAUUGGAUUGGAUCUAGACAUAGCAUAGAAUGUGUUACUACUGCAAGAGACAAAUCAAGAAAGAUUAGUAUCGAUCAUCGGUUUGGGAAGGCGAGAAACAGCGUGGAUAGCUCUGAUCGGGCUAGGAAUAGCUUCGACAGGUUGGGUGAAAUGGUGAGAUCAGUUCGGUUGUGUAAUGUUGAUUGUGUGAAGAAUGCAGUUGCAGAGGUUUGAUGAUUGUUGUCACAAUAUUGUUUUUUCUGAUUCGUUUGUUAGAUUCUGUGGAAAAGAGAAACAUCUUUAGUAUGAACAUAUCUUCAUUUUUAUUUUUAAGAAGUCAAUUAUAAACAUAUAUAUAUAUAUAUAUAUAUUCAUAUUUGAUACCAUUUAGUUUUCCAAUAAUUUUUUUUUU